AUGGAUGUGCUCCCAAUGUGCAGCAUCUUCCAGGAACUCCAGAUUGUGCACGAGACUGGUUACUUCUCGGCGCUGCCCUCCCUGGAGGAAUAUUGGCAACAGACCUGCCUGGAGUUGGAACGUUACCUGCAGAGCGAGCCCUGCUACGUGUCAGCCUCCGAGAUCAAAUUCGACAGCCAGGAAGAUCUGUGGACCAAAAUCAUCCUGGCUCGGGAGAAAAAGGAGGAUGCGGACCUGAAGGUGUCCUCCUCUGGCCCGCCCGAGGACGUGCUCCACAGCCCCGGCUUCAGCUACAACCUGGAGACCAACAGCCUGAAUUCGGAUGUGAGCAGCGAGUCCUCCGACAGCUCCGAGGAGCUCUCGCCCACCACCAAGUUUACCUCCGACCCCAUCAGCGAAGUCUUGGUCAACUCGGGGAAUCUGAGCUCCUCGGUCACCUCCACACCUCCGUCCUCCCCAGAACUGAGCAGGGAGCCCUCGCACCUGUGGGGCUGUGUGCCUGGCGAGCUGCACCCCCCUGGGAAAGCGCGGGGCGGGACCUCAGGGAAGCCGGGCGACAAGGGCAGCGGGGACGCCUCCCCCGACGGCCGCAGGCGGGUGCAUCGCUGCCACUUUAAUGGCUGCAGGAAAGUUUACACCAAAAGCUCCCACUUGAAAGCACACCAGCGCACCCACACAGGAGAAAAGCCUUACAGAUGCUCAUGGGAAGGGUGUGAGUGGCGUUUUGCAAGAAGCGAUGAGUUAACCAGACACUUCAGAAAGCACACUGGUGCCAAGCCUUUUAAAUGUUCUCACUGUGACAGGUGUUUCUCCAGGUCCGACCACCUGGCCCUGCACAUGAAGAGACACCUCUGA